AGAAAACAAAGAGUUUUGUUUUAACAAAUAUCGGACUCAACAUACUAUAAUUCAGUGACUAAUAAUAGUCUAUGUAUAUUGAACAAGCUUACUGCAUUCGCUCCGACACAAAUCAUUCUUAAUUAUCAACGAUAACUAUGAAUAAUUGAGUUAAAAACCAGAAAACAAAACAGUGCAAAAAAUUGCUAAAAUUAAAGUGUUAUCAGAAAUCUAAUUUCUAGUGCUUGUUUAGUAAGUGCCGCGUAAUUUAAUUAUCUGUUAAGUAUGGACUCACCAUCAAGAAACCCACUAUUGCAAAAUCAACAUGACGAAAUAUCCAGCGAAGAUGAAUCUCAAGAAAGUCUGCAGGCAACAAUUCUUGAAAACAAUACUUAUAUAGCAACAUCUGCACGAUCAUCACAAGCAACAGUCAAGGAACGAAGGCCUAGUGCAGCUCCUGUGGACACAUAUAAUUUCUCGUUCUUAGUGUUUUAUUUAUUGGGAAUGGUGACGCUUCUUCCAUGGAACUUUUUCAUCACAGCUGAAGAAUAUUGGCAGUACAAGUUUAGGAAUUUAUCAAGCAAUGACACGAGUGUGCUGACACCACGACAAAUUGAGUUUCAGCCUGACAUAGCAAUAUGUUCGAGCAUACCAACGACAAUAUUUCUAGUUCUCAAUGCAUUCUUCAGUCAUAAAAUAUCAUUGAAGCUUCGUAUGAUUGGAUCAAUGGUGAUAGUCUUGAUUCUCUUCAUUAUAACAACAAUAUUUGUACAAAUCAACACAGACAACUAUCAAGAUUACUUCUUUGAAUUUACGUUGACGACUGUCUUUGUGAUUAACAUAUUUAGUGCCAUCCUGUCUGGUGGAUUAUUUGGAAUAGCUGGAAUGUUCUCAAGUCGAUACAUAACAGCCGUUAUUGGUGGUCAGGCAUUAGGUGGAGUUUUUACAGCACUCGCUGAAGUUAUUUCCAUAUCAUUCGUAACUGAUCCGAUUGUGAGCGCUUUCAUCUAUUUCUGUGUCGGCACUGUGAUUCUAGUGUCUGCGAUUAUCUUAUACAUUUAUAUGUCAAAGACGCUGUUCUUCAAAUUUCAUAUAAAUCAAUCGCACAUAAAAGCUAACACAUUCUCGAUAAAUAAUGAAACGGGUACGAGUGAGAUAACAGCAACAACAAUAGCAAGUGUAAAUAGGAAUUAUUUACAGCCAGAUUGGAAGAAGAUUUGUGGAAAAAUUUGGAUGCAUGGUUCGGCUGUUUGGUUAUGUGCUGUGACAACAUUGAGUGUAUUUCCAGCGAUAACAGUUCUUGUUAAGUCUACUGGCUAUGGACAUGGACAUAAAUGGAAUGAUGUUUAUUUCCUUCCUGUCAUCAACUACUUGGUCUUUAAUACAUGCGAUUAUUUUGGGAGAAUUAUAUCAGGAUGGCUACAAUGGCCAAACAAUAAGCCUAGACUUGUUGCUUUUUUGACUUUUCUUCGUAUGGCUUUUGUUCCUGCCAUUCUAUUAUGUAAUAUCACACAAAAGCAUCCACUUCCCGUUCUAUUUCAUUCUGAUGAAAUAUUUAUUGCAUUGAUGAUUGGAUUUGCUUUUACUAAUGGAUAUAUUGCGAAUAUUAGCUGUAUCUUUGCACCAGUCGUCGUCGAGGAGCAUGAAAAGGAAAUGACGUCAAGCAUGAUGGCUGCAUUUAUCGGUCUAGGCCUUACAGUCGGAUCGGCAAUAAGCUUUGUGCUGAUUCAAUUUGUGUCUUAAAGUAUUUAUUGACAUGAGGAUCUGAAUAGGAAUUGAUAUAUUUACAUUGACAUAAAUCACACGCUGAAAUUGGACCAAAUUAUUUGUAGUUUAUGCUGGUUGCCUUUAUUACUUUUUUGCAAUUAGGUUUAUGAAACAUUUUUUUGAAAGCUAGUUUAAUUAUUUGCCCUUUUUGUUACCCUUGAAGUGAGAAAUUCAGCUUAAAAUUCACAAUAUUUGGAUUAUGUGCUAUAUAAAUAUUAUUGAUAUUGUAGAUGAUUAGGAACAAGUCAGAUUGAAGAAUAUGUCUGACAA